AUCCGGACCAUAAGAAAAUCCCGGCGACUGGACCUGAAAAGAACUGUAUAUAUAAUGUGUAAUAAGGCUUGGAAACAUUAGAUGGUCAGCUUGGCAACUAAUGUUGCCGCCUUAGUGCCUUAAAAAAGUGGUGUCUUGAACAUUUGAUUUAUUUGAGCCACUUUAUUUGGCUAUGAUGAAAAUUUUAUGAGCCAAACACUUACGUCCCUCAAUUUUUUAUAUUACUUCUAGCUUUUAUCUGUAUUGGACAUUUGUGUGAGUGUGUAUAGAUAUUGUGUGAGUGUCUGUAGUAAUCGUUAAAAAAUAGUCAUGUCUAGUUCAAGCAACAGGAGUACCAUUCAUGAACCCAGGCCACUAUAAGUGUUCAAAGGAUAAACAAAAAUGCGCGUACUGGGAGUGGUGCUAUCAAAUUGGGUAUCAUGAACCCAGGCCACAGGUUGCACCAGAGGAAGGUGGUGAAGCAUCUCUAAAUGAAGGUGGAAUUCACUGGGGAUUUUGAUGCCCUUCUGCCAUUUCCAGAGAUUGAUUUUGUAGACUUCUUUAACACCCAUCCCAAGCUGCGAAAAUUAGAUAUGCAUGGUGCCAUGUUUGCUGCUCUUUGCCAGAAAAACAGCUUGAAAAAUGUGGAUUUGAGAUUUUUGAUUCCAUGCCUUGAGGAGACAGUUAUCACAAUGAGAUCGUCGUUAAAUGCUGAGCAGAAGAUGAAUACCCUUGAAUUGAUGGUGAAGUAUGGCAAGAAUUUGAAGAAGAUGACUGUAAGGAUACUUGAUAUGAAGAGCAGCCAUAGCAGUGCAGAUGAUUUCUUCCAGGAGAUUUGCAAGUUUAGAUGCUUGAACCGCAAGAUUGUUUCGAUAGAAUAAAGGCUCAGGGGAGAGAGCACUUUCCCCUUAAUCUAAUUUCAUCCAAUUCAUUCUUGUUUCUUGUAUUCCAGUGAGUCAGUGACUGCCUAAAAUUCUGAUGUUCUUGAUUAACUGUUGGACCAUUCUUCGACAAUUAACCUCAUGAAUAUUUUUGCUCUUUUUGCCCCUCAUUUGGGUUAAGUUGUUGUUGUUUUUGGGAAGUGAUAAUAAUAUGAUUUUGAGCUGACGAUGGGUUGUGAAACUUGGUCCCAUGAUUCAGUCCCACACAUUGAGUUCUGAUUUUA